AUUUUUCUAAAAUGUACUUAUCGUAUGCGUGUCUGUUUCUACUUGGUUUAUUUCCAUUAUGUUAUGGUAAUAAUGUAGUACUCGUAUUUCUAAUUUUUCAUAAUAAAUGUCUACUUUAAACAGGUCAAUGCGUAUUCAAUGAAGCAUUAUUAAGAAUAGCAAACUGUUACCUAUCUAAUGCAGGUAAUAUUAAUAUCACUGCGACAAUUUCUGGAAAAAUUAUUGCAAAUGGAUAUUUGGAGUAUGUCUGUGCUCCAGGCUACACAUCUAAUCCAACUAUUGGUACUCGUCUUACAUGUUUUAACAAUGGAUCAUGGAGUCCAUUACCAGUUUGUCAACCUAUUAAUCCAUGUCCAAGUGCACCUCUCUUUACUUUCCUUCAGAAUCAAUCUGCGUCAUUGACAUUGAAUAGCAGCUAUAAUCUACCAAGGAAUGAAACAGAUAAUAAUUAUGUAGUUUCUGGAGCUUUCGUGCCAGCAACAUGCCGAACAGGAUAUAUAAAUAUUGCAGGUCCACUCAAUAUAACAUGCGUGAAUGGUACCUGGACCCGAUAUCCCAAUUGUAUCCUUAAUAUCAGCAAUGUUUCUAUGACUUCAAUUAUGACGACGACGGCGAAAGUCAGCAUUGACGCUCCAUGUCCUAUUGAAGUGACCACUUUUUCUAUUGAAAAUGGAUUUCUGGUUCAUAGUUCAACGCUUAUACUGCCAUUUUUUACAUAUCAAGGACGGAUUACGUUUGGCUGUAAAUCUGGUUAUAUGAUCGAUCCAGCUAUUAGUGCUCUUUACGAGUGUAAUAAUGGUGUUUGGUCUACUAAACCUCGUUGUUUAAAAAUUGAUAACUGCUCAAUUUCAAAUCUGACAGCAUUACUCUCAAGUACACCUCAGUUACAAACUACUGGUCUAACAAAACUAAUACAAAUUCCUGAUAAUCCAACUCUUGUUCGCGAUGGUUCCUAUGUUGUAUUUAGUUGUAUGAGUGGCUAUGGAGCCGUUAGCGGUAGUCUAAGUGUGACAUGCAUUAAUAGUUCAUGGACCCAAUUUCCAACAUGUGUUCCUCUUAUUCAGGGUGUGAUUUCCCCGUAUGAGUAUGAUUAUUAUAUUUAUCCAUUCAGCUGUUCUUUAUUUGGUUGGAGAAACAGAAAUGAAUGUUUAAAUAUUACAAAGUUUAUUUAUAACUGUUCAAUUCCAAGUUUAACAAAAUUACUCCCAAGUAUACCUGGCUUACAAGUUACUGACCAAAUACAAUUGAAGCAAAUUCCUGAGGAGUCAACUCUCGUUCACAAUGGCUCCUAUGUUGUAUUUAGUUGUAUGAGCGGUUACACGAACGCUGGUGGUAAUUUGAAUGUAAUGUGCAUGAACGGUUCAUGGACGCAAGCUCCCGAGUGUGUUCCAAUUUCACAAGUUACAAAGGUAUCAUCAACUGGUAAAUCAGCUUGCCCCUACUUGGCAAGUAUGAUUAAUAUUACGAAUGGGCAUGCAAGCAAUUUAAGUGGACUCACAUUAUCAGUUGAAAAUAAAGCUGCAUCAGGAUCAUUCAUUGAUUACCAAUGUGUAUCACCGUUUACUUUAAAAGGCAACUCACGUAUGAUCUGCGAGAAUGGUGUUUGGAGUGCACUCCCUGUUUGCACAGCGAAUUCAGGUUGCUCUGUGUCUGAAUUACAAUCAGUAUUGGUUAAGAUGAGAGUAAUAUCUAAAUCACUCUCGGUCAGUGACAAUGGUGAUAUUCUUGUUGGCGGAUGGAUUCAACUUCAGUGUGCACCAGGUCUCAUUUUAUUAUCAGGCUCUCUAAAUAUUACUUGCAAAGCAACAGGAACGUGGACACAAUUUCCUAUUUGCUCAUGA